CCUCCUCCCCCUCCACUCUCCACCGCCCUUAAAUUCGCACCCGCUUCGCACUCGCGCCCGGGGGAAUUAAUUUAUCAAGUCAGUGAGUGGCGAGCGAAGUCAGUCAUCCCUGAGUCAGUCUCCCCCUGGGUCAGUCCUUCCUGAGUCAGUCCUUCCUGAGUCAGUCCUUCCUGAGUCAGUCUCCCCCUGAGUCGGUCAUCCCUGAGUCAGUCUCCCCCUGAGACAGUCCCAGCCUCCCUCGAGUGAGUCCCAGCCCCCCUCGAGUCGGCCCCAGCCCCCCUCGAGCGAGCCCGCUAAGUUGGCUGCAGCCAGCCAGGGAGCCAGGGAGCGAGCGAGCGACUUUGCCGCCGAGUCGGCGCGGUCGUUGUUAGUUCGGCGAGUUGGUGGCGAGUUUUGUCGGCUCACGACGCCGCCGGUUCGUCGUUAAAGUUCUCCAAAAUCUGCAGGGAUCUUUGUUUAGGACCCCCCCCAAGAAGAGCGUUUCGGGUCGAGCAGGACAGCCAUGCGUGUAGGUUGAUCGAUUUAAAAGGGAGUGCCCGGCCCCCCUACUGGGCCCCCCACCCACCCCCCGGGCCAAGACGAUGGAGCUGCAACCCCCAACACCACAGACGCCCCCACCACAGCCCCCCAGCCUCUCCAUGCAACAGCAGCAACAACAGCAGCAGCAGCAACAGCAGCAGCAGCAACAGGCAUUCAUGGUGCUGCAGCCAGGCCCACAGCGCCCCCUGCUGCCUCAGUUGGGCUACAACGCGCUGGUCAACUUCCUCAUUGAGAAGAAGAUCGGACGGGGCCAGUUCAGCGAGGUAUACCGUGCCACGUGCCUGCUCGACCACAUGCCCGUCGCACUCAAGAAGGUGCAGAUCUUUGAGAUGAUGGACGCCAAGGCACGGCAAGACUGCAUCAAGGAGAUCGACCUCCUCAAGCAACUGAACCACCCGAACGUGAUAAAGUACCUGGCGUCGUUCAUCGAGGAGAAUGAACUCAACAUUGUGCUGGAGCUGGCAGACGCCGGAGACCUCUCCCGCAUGAUCAAGCACUUUAAGAAGCAGAAGCGUUUAAUUCCGGAGCGCACGAUCUGGAAGUAUUUUGUACAGCUGUGCAGCGCCCUGGAACACAUGCACUCCCGCCGAAUCAUGCACAGAGACAUCAAGCCGGCGAACGUGUUCAUCACGGCGACGGGCGUCGUCAAGCUGGGGGACCUGGGACUCGGGCGGUUCUUCAGCUCCAAGACCACGGCCGCACACUCGCUCGUGGGGACUCCGUACUACAUGUCUCCGGAGCGGAUACACGAAAACGGUUACAACUUCAAGUCCGACAUCUGGUCAAUCGGAUGCCUCCUGUACGAGAUGGCGGCCCUGCAGAGUCCGUUCUAUGGGGACAAGAUGAACCUGUAUUCGCUGUGCAAGAAAAUCGAGCAGUGCGACUACCCUCCCCUCCCCUCCGACUACUACUCCCAGCAGCUGCGGGAGUUGGUGAACAUGUGCAUCAGUCCCGACCCGGAGCAGAGGCCGGACAUCGGCUACGUCUACAACGUCGCCACGCAGAUGCACGCCGCCACCUCCUCGUCCUCCCCCGCCACCACCGCCACCACCGGCUCCUCCUAGACGGCCCCGCCACGGCCGUCUAUGGGCUGGCUGUGGACCGCCGCAGCCACCUGUAGCCCUCCUGCGGUCUGCCAGGGCCGCCCGUAUCCCGCCACGGCGGCCUGUGGCACGCCACGGCGUCCCCUACGCCGCCGCCGCGCGUCAGCCGUGCCGGCGCGGGGGCACCGCCUCUCCUGAGUGUCAACCCCCUCCAUGGCAAAGCCACAGCGUGCCAGAGCAAUCCGUGUGGUCUUCCACGGCCCCCGAAAUGGUUUGUCACGACCCGCCAUGGAAAACCAACAGCGAGCUACUCUGUAGCAGGGCGAGCUACAGUGAGCUACAAGACCACCUAUGCCGAGCUACAGAAGAGACACCGUAUCCUAUAGCAAGCUCUGGGAAAACUACAGCCUACCAGGCCUACACAGAAAACGGCAACAGCAGUCGCAUUCAGCUGGCCGCCACUGCUUGAUUUGAGCUGGUGACUGCACGCCCCACGGCAAGCUACUACUCUGUGAAGUACAGCCCGCCACGGCUAUAGCAACCCCGAUACUGCAAGUCCUGACGUGCCACAGGCAGGCAUUCGUACGCCACAGCAAAGCAGCAGCAGCGACUUUGGGGCACAGCAAGCUGGUCACAGCGUGCCACAGCAAGCUGCGUGCGUGCGACGGAGAGCCGUGGCAAUCUGCCACAGCCAGACAUUGAUGUACCGCAGCAACCUGCCACAGCGCUUACAGCAUGCCAGAGCGAGCGCCUCAGCUGUGGCCUUGCAAACAGCCUGCCACGGCUAGGCUCAGGUGGUUAUGACUUGCUACAGCAAGCUACAGCCUGGCGCAGUGGUGUAGGGGAAGAGAAGUGGUGCCUCAGCUGUGGGUGGCAACUGUGGGUGGCAAAUGCACGAGAUGAGAAUGGAACCGGCCUCUACCACAGGCGGAACUACAGGCGGAAUGACAGAGACACAGGCGGUCGCAUGGGCAGACAGCAACAACCGGACACAAUGCAACAACGCGGCAACACAACGCUACGGCAACGCAACACCCAAACUAUAACAACACCACAGCCGUCUACAACAACCCCACCAACUAGACAGUCUACCCACGCACACAUAACCCAGGCCCCAUUUUCUUGUGUCACUCUGCUAUAACUCGUCAUCAUUAUUAUUGUUAUUUUUUUAUUUCUUAUUGUUUAUCUCCUGCUCCCUCCAUGCUGUUGUGAUGGACACGUGGUUGGAGUCGUUGUUUGUUUUGAACCAAAACUCGGCUCCCCCCCCCUCCCUCCCCACCUUAGUCAGUGGAUGGAGGAGACCCCCCCCACCACCACCCCGUGAUUGGGGUUUCUCUGCCACGCGACGUGGCCACGCGACCUGCUCGUGGCGCUGACCACAGACGACGAAUAAAGGGUUCCUGCAUUUCACGAGCGCCGUGUGCGACUUGAUGGGGGAGCGUCGUCGCUGCACGCUCGCUCACCUGCACGCUCGCUCACCUGCACGCUCGCUCACCUGCACGCUCGCUCACCUGCACGCUCGCUCACCUGCACGCUCGCCCACCUGCACGCUCGCCCACCAACACACGCCUCUCCAGUCGCCAGCAUACCCCACUCUGCUCCACACUCGCCUACCCAUGGUCCUCGCCACACGCUCUACGACCUGCAA